AUGUUUCAACCUUCAAGUGUUGUGUAUGAUCAAAAGGGGGGCUUAGUUGAUUGUUCGGAGCUUGGAGCUUCUGGAUAUGCUAUUAGUGGAGACUUGAAUCUAUUAAACAAGCUAGAAUUCCUAUCUGAUGCUCGAUAUAUUAUUGUAGUUGAGAAGGAUGCCAUCUUCCAAAGAUUAGCUGAAGAUCGCCUUUUCAAUCUGGUCCCAUGCGUUCUAUUGACAGCCAAGGGUUAUCCAGACAUUGCCACCAGGUUUCUCUUGUAUCGGCUAAACCAGACUUUUCCGCAGAUGCCAAUAUUGGGCUUGGUAGAUUGGAAUCCAGCCGGACUAGCAAUAUUAUCUACUUACAAGUAUGGGAGCAUUGCCAUGGGCUUGGAGUCUUAUAGAUACGCAUGCAAUAUUAAGUGGCUUGGGCUGCGCCGAGAUGACCUCCAGAUGUUACCUCAGCCAGCAUUUAUAAAGCUGAAGCCACGUGAUCUGCAAAUAGCUAAAAGCUUAAUGUCAUCAGCAAUGUUACAGGAAUCAUAUAGGGCAGAACUUACCACAAUGAUUGAGAAGGGAGAUAAGGCUGAAAUUGAGGUAUUAUAUUUCCAUGGAUUCAACUUCCUAUGCCAUUACAUUGCAACAAAGAUAGUGAAGUCCGAUUAUAUCUGAAAAAUGUGAUAAAUAUCAUGGCAUCAAACUCUACCUAUGGCUCAUAUUUGGUAAGUUGGUUUAGUAUAGUUUUUCGUUUCAUGAAAGAUUUUACAAUAAUAGCCAUUGCUUGACAUUUAACUUUCUAAGACAAGAGUAGGAGUGCAACUGGGCCAAGGCGGUCCAUGAGCCGGCUCGAGCUCAAGCUAAUU